AUGCCCAUAUCCACUGCCCCCUUCUCGCGAGAAGCCACGGCUUCUCCCGGGACAGGGGACAUAGGCAAUACCGGUCCUACCAUGUUGGCCAACGAAUGCACAAUGUCAUCCAGUUGCCAUGCCCGAACCUCACCUCAAGAGGGCACCAUAGCACUGUUGUCGGAGCCUCUUGUCGUGAGAGGAGAGCUGCAAAGCGCGUCUCCCCUCUCACGCAGACGGGACAGGUGGCAGGCGCUCGCAGCAUCACCCUGGGUUUUACGCACGAUUUCGCGGGGGUACAGACUGCAAUUUGCCGUCGCCCCUCCCCGGUUCUCCGGCAUAAUACAUUCCCAGGCUCGGGGAGAAUCAGCUCGCGUUUUGCAGGAGGAAAUCCUCUCGCUGUUAAACAAAGGAGCUGUAUCUGUCGUCCCUCCUGCACAAAUUCAGAGCGGGUUUUACUCCAGGUAUUUUCUCGUCCCCAAACGGGGGGGGAAUGGGAUCCGCCCCAUCCUGGAUCUGCGGGCUCUGAACAAAUUUCUCAGGAAAUACAAAUUCAGGAUGCUCACUCACGCAUCCCUCUUGCGUUUGGUAAGGCAAAACGAUUGGUUCACCUCCAUCGAUCUGAAAGACGCGUAUUUCCACAUUCCCAUUUACCCCCCACACAGAAAGUAUCUGAGAUUCGCUUUCCAGGGGGUGUGUUACGAGUACCACGUUCUUCCUUUCGGCCUGUCUCUCAGUCCGAGGGUGUUCGUACGGUGCACGGAAGCGGCUAUCGCCCCGCUGAGACGCCAGGGCAUCCGCUUAGCGACAUAUCUGGACGACUGGCUCCUGUUGGCCCACACGGAGCAGGAGGUCAGAGCACACACGCAUCUUGUCAUACGUCACCUAACCGAUUUAAGUUUUGUGAUAAACGCCGAAAAGAGCAUGCUUUCUCCGAAGCAAAGCAUAAUCUUUCUGGGAUUAUCUCUGGACUCGGUGUCAUUCACGGCCCGCCUCUCGGCGGAGAGAGUGCAGACUUUCAAGGCAUGCCUCGCGUUUUUUCGUCUGCGCAAAUCUGUUCGGUUCAGAUUAUGUCUUCGACUUCUCGGUCUGAUGGCGUCUGCCAUCCUCGUGGUCCGUCUUGGUCGCCUCCACAUGAGGGAAUUCCAGCGGUGGGUGGCUUCCCUCAGGCUGGAUCCUGUGCGUCAUGGCGCACGGAGGGUUCUGGUCACACCGGAGUGCAUAAUGGCGCUGCGUCACUGGAGAGCCCCAUCUUUCCUGACACGGGGAGUGCCCAUGGGGCCUGUCUUGUCCAGGAAAGUGGUCACUACAGACGCGAGUCUGUCGGGCUGGGGCGGGAUACACGAGGGCCGGGCUGUGAGAGGCCGCUGGAGCAUCGGUCUCCAGAGGUCCCACAUAAAUUUCCUGGAGCUCUCGGCGGUGUUUCUCUCCCUGAAACAUUUCCUCCCGUCACUGGUGGGUCGUCAUGUUUUGGUGAGGAUGGACAAUACGACUACGGUGGCGUAUAUCAACCGACAAGGGGGCCUGCGCUCCCAUCGGUUACACACGCUGGCACGCAGACUGAUUCUCUGGAGCAGCGAGCGUUUCCUCUCCUUGAGAGCGACGCACGUCCCGGGGGCCUUGAACGCCGGUGUGGAUCUGCUGUCCAGGGGCGGGCCGGUUUAUGGGGAAUGGACUCUGCACCCCAACGUCGUGAAACAGAUUUGGACGCGCUACGGUCGGGCCGCGGUCGAUCUGUUCGUGUCAAGGGAAAACACGCAGUGCGCGAUGUUUUUCUCCCUGCGCAGUCCGGAUGCCCCCCUGGGCAUCGACGCUCUAGCGCACGCCUGGCCGCACGUGCUGCUUUACGCGUUCCCUCCCCUGGCCUUGAUACCCCCCACACUCUCCAGAGUGAGGGAACAAGGCCAUGCACUGAUUCUGAUAGCUCCUCACUGGCCUGCCAUGCAUUGGUUAGCGGAGAUUUAUCAGAUGCUGCGCGCUCAGCCUUGGCAACUCCCGCUGCGCAGGGACCUGCUGUCGCAGGGGGGAGGGAUGCUGUUCCACCCACACCCAGAGCGCCUGGCACUGUGGGCUUGGCCCGACCUGAUCGACAAACGGAAAGCCUUUUCGACGGUCAAGGUGUAUUUGGCAGCUAUCGCUGCCUGCCAUGUGGGAUUCGGUAAGAAAACGGCGAGCCAGCACCCGUUGGUGUGCCGUUUUAUGAAAGGAGCGCGCAGGCUUCUGCCGGUAUCUAGACCACUGGUGCCUCCGUGGGAUUUGGCUGUCGUUCUGGAGGGGCUGAAGGGCCCUCCUUUUGAACCGCUGGAGGAGGCAGACUUGAAACAUCUGUCUUUGAAGACAGUGUUGUUGCUUGCUCUGGCCUCGGCUAAGCGGGUUAGUGAUAUCCAUGCGCUCUCGACGCACCCUUCGUGCGCUCAGUUUGCCCCGGGUGAUGUACGGAUGACACUGAAGCCUAACCCGGCCUUUGUGCCUAAAGUGGUUGGUUCGUGUUCUCCUAUUGAUCUUGUGGCGUUCGCAGCCUCCUCUGGAGAGCAGCGGUCACGCACACUUUGUCCAGUUCGUGCUGUACGCAUGUACAUGGAUAAGACUAGGGGCUUCAGGCUGAGUGAGCAGUUGUUUGUUUCCUGGGCUAAUCCGCAUAAAGGGAAACCUAUCACGAAGCAACGCCUCUCCCACUGGGUGGUGGAGGCUAUUGCUUUGGCUUAUACAAGUCAGGGUCUACAGCCCCCCACAGGUCUGCGGGCGCACUCGACUCGUAGCUUGGCCUCAUCCUGGGCCUUAUUCAGGGGAGUGUCUGUUCAGGACAUUUGUGCUGCAGCGAGCUGGUCCUCGCCUCUCACUUUUGUCCGCUUUUACAUGUUAGAUGUCUCAGCCCCGUGCAUGGCACGCGCGGUCUUGGAGUCCUAA